GUUUUUAAUAUUUAGUCAUUAUAUUUUGAGAAAUUCCCUUAUUCAAUUUAAUAUAUGUAUUAUUUUUUAAAACAAGCUGACAAAAUAUAACUCAAAACAGGAGAUAUGCCUAGAACUAUGUAGAAUACUCCUGUAACAUUCUCACAGCAUCAUAAAAAUGAGCUAUAUUGACUAUAUUUAUGAGGAUUUAACUUGCUAAAACAUUUUUGAAGUAUAUUGGUUUGUCCUUCAUGAAGAUUUGCACUAAAUGUUUGAUGGGAGUUGCAUCAUUUCCAGUGAGGAUUGUGUAUGGGGUUAGUAUAAUGCCAUUAUAACUUUAUGACUGCUAUCACUACAGAUAAUUACUGUGGAAUUGGAUACCCUUUCCUCCAUGCCUUCCAGGUUUGUCAGUUAUAAGCUCAUUUGCAGAAACGACCUGAACGUAAAAUAGAUAAAAGGAAUUCUGCAUGCAAAUUAAAUGAAUGAUCAGAUGAACAGUGUGUUGUAGUACAAAGGUGCUUUCAUGUAUGUUAAAUGUAUUCAAAACAUUACCUGUUUUCUACCAUAAACUGAACAAGUUGUGAAGGACCUGCAGCCAGUACGAAAGACAGAGAGGAAUUUGGAGGUGUGUCAAGUCACUGUGUUAAAACACACAGCAGGCUGACCUUAGGAUCAGACCAAGGCAGACCAUGACGAAGUCUUGUAUUCUCCUUCUCUUAGCACUGGCAGAGGCCACAUUUGGAACAAUUGAGAAAAGAAUAUGUGGACCACUCUCUCGUGAAUGCAAUGCUGAUGAAGGCAGGCACCAAGUGAUGCUGUCACAGUUCCCAGAUAAUGAUAUCCAUUGCGGUGGUACACUGAUCAAGCCACGCUGGGUCCUCACUGCUGAACACUGCAAUGAACACAAUCUAGUGGUGCUUGUGGGUAGAGAUCUUGAUGUUGCUGUGACAAGAACAAUUAAAAGUUGGAGAAUUCUCAAUGAGCAUGACAUCAUGUUGCUAAAACUGCGCAGAAGGAUUCGACUACAUUCACGUUUGCCUAAUCGCCAAAACUGCGUCACACCCAACAUCGGUGCUGUGGUUAGGAUUUAUGGCUGGCAGAAUGCACACAUUCGGCACAACAAUUUGAUGGAUCCCUAUUUUGCAGGAAGACUUCGCUGUGGAGAAAUGGAUGUUGUUGCUUGUGCAAAUCCAUAUGAAAACGGUGUUACAUUCUGUGCCUUUCGUAAUGGUAUUGAUGGGAAUGAGGGUGACUCAGGUAGUGGUCUCAUUGCAAACAACAGACUUCAUGGAAUACAGGUCUAUGGCCAUCACCAUUUCGGUGCUGAAGAAACCCAUUUCAUUGAUUUAUGUCACAGACAGUAUAUAGACUGGAUUUAUCGUACUGUAGAGAAUGAUUAAUGGUCAGUGUGAGCUACAUUCCUGCAUGUUAUAAUAAAGAGAUUCCCUAAUAAAGAGAUUCCUCCUGAUUUCCCUAACAGCAGAUAUGUCUCCCAGUUCUCUGUCAUUCCCAACAACAACAACAACAUUUGUAUUAAAAAUGCUAUGCAUCCUCAUGCUAUAUUGGGUAAUGCUUUACGGAAAGUACAAAUACAUGAACUACUAGUGGCAUUUUUGUGAACAGUACAGUAACACUCCAUUACAAUUACGUUACUAUUGUGAAACAUUAACAAAUGCAUCUAAUGAAUGAGUAAUAAACAUGUAAUGACUUGAAAACUUGUAAACAGUGUAAACAUCAUAUGAUCAUUAACACACUGAAAUGCACAUUCCUUCUUUUCAGGGAACAAUCACAUGAUAUUCAAAAGAUACCCAAACUGCAUUCAUUAUUGAUGCCUCAAUAACAAAACUGGUACAAUUGAAAGACAUUUCAUAUUUCUACACAUUGCAUAAAAAUUUUAGUUCACUGUCUUGCAGUUUAUGAGCCUCAUACCUUCACUAAGCCUUCACUAAAACACUG